CAACAACAACAUCCAUAUUUUUCAAAAUUCAAACUUCAAGAUGACGACGGCGAAAGGGCCUGCUCAUCGCUCCGACCACUCUUAUGAUGAACGAGACGACAUCUUCUUUGAUUCUGACGACGAGAGGGAUUCAGCGGAUGCUGGAGAUAAUUCAGAUGAAGAUACCGAAGAUGCAAGUGAAACUGACAUGGUAACAAUGGAAGAAGAAUUCACAGAAAUGAAAGAACAAUCAGAAGUGUUUUGGCAGGAUGUUUAUGGUAAACAUAGGAUGUAUCAAGAAAAGAUUAAAGAUCUACGGAAACAGCUCGAACAGCUGAAAGAUGGAACGCACCCAGACUACCGGGCUAGGCUGAAACAGAUCGAGCAACAAAAAGAAGAUUAUUUGAAAAUGACAGAGGCAUUCAAGGAUUACGAGAAAAGAGAGACAGAACGAGAAUUCGAAAGAGAAAAGCGACAAGCAAAGCAAGAAUUGGAGAGAAAGAAAAUCGAACUAAAAGAGUCAUUACUUCAAGAUUUGCUGGAUAAAAAGAAAUCAAUUGAGAAUGAAAAAGCCACUUUGGAACUUACAGGGGAAAUAUUGGAAAUAAAAACACUUCCGACGAGGAAACUACGAAGGAGGCCAAACGACCCACCUCCUCAAGCGGAUAGUAAAAAGCGGAAAACAAACGGAAUUCAACUCAACUACCUGCUAACCGAAGAUUCAAUUAUGUCUGACUUGAAGAAACUUAGUAAGCUGCACAAAGGCUUCUUUCCCGAGAGAUCGGCGAAAGUUAAGUUUUCAUCGGUUGUCGGUGAGGACACGAGUCCGACGGAUGGCAACGCGAAGCAACACUUUGAUGCGAGAAUUGAAGAUGGCAAACUAUAUUACGAGAAAAAAUGGUAUUAUAAAGGACAAGCUAUUUUUCUGGAGCACAAAGAUGGAGUUAGAUACAAUGCACUUAUUCAUUCAAUUGGAACCAACGAGAUUUGGAUCAAGAAAUUACAGGAAAACAAAAGACUGAAGAUUUAUGUUAGCCACCUUCAGAAGGGGAAGUACUCAGUUAGAAAGCGACCAACCGGACAAAAUGUCAAAGACGCAUAAACUCCGUUACAGAAUAUGUAAAUUAGAACACUCGACUUUGUAGAAACCCUAUUUGGUUUUAUUAUUGUAACAUUCGUGUAUAUUUUUCCAAAGGUGUUGAAUUUUGUGACACUGUCGUAGAUACUGAACCACAAAAGGCAUAUGGGUAGUUUUUAUUUGACAAUAA